AUGUGGAGAGCAGUAGCAACUGAGCUAGUAGCAACAGCUUGUCUAUUAUUCAUGCUUACAACUACAAUUAUAGCAUGCUUGGAAUCAAAGGAGACUGAACCUAAACUUCUAAUUCCAAUUGUUGUCUUUGUUAUUGUUUUCCUUGUGCUUGUGGUCACAGUUCCUUUAUCUGGUGGCCAUAUGAGCCCAGUGUUCACAUUCAUUGCUGCCUUAAGGGGCCUCAUAUCUCUCGUUCGUGCUCUCUUCUACGUGCUGGCACAAUGUGUAGGCUCAAUAAUGGCAUAUCUCGUAAUCAAGAGUGUAAUGGAUGAAACUGUAGCUGAUAAGUAUGCAUUAGGUGGCUGUAUGGUUAAUGGAAAUGGGGCAGGAGUAAGCACAGGAACAGCAUUGGUCAUAGAGUUUGCUUGCACAUUUCUUGUGCUAUAUGUUGCUAUAACUGUCGCAUUUGACAAGAAAAUGUGUCAAGAAUUAGGCUUGGCAAUAUUAAUAAGACAAUUUGGAUUAAAAGCAACUAUAUAUUAUCUGUAA